GCUGGAUCUGCAGCUGAAGUUACUAAACUUCAGCAACAUCUAUUACUAUUAAAACAAGAGUUUUCCAAACUACAAAGUAAAUAUAGAGACAUUGAAAUCAAAUACAACAAUGUAGUAGCUUCUGAUACCAACAACACAGAAGACACUUUUGCCUCCAGACUCUUGAAAAUUAUCAGCAAUCUGUAUGAUUCUGAAGCAUACAGUGACAUCAAAAUUAAAAUUAAAGAUAAAGAAAUUAAUGCCCAUAAAAUCAUUUUAUCAGCUAGAAGUAAUAUUUGGAAUGAAAGUGUUUUAAAUUACAAGAAAGAAUUGGAUUGGUCUGAAAUUGAUUCUGAAGUGGCAAAUGCUAUAGUUUUAUGGAUGUAUACUAACAAAUUAAACCUUCUGUCAUCUACAGCAACUUUAAAUUUAAUGAAAAAGGCUCAUGAAUUUCAAUUACAUAGCCUAGUUAGUAUGUGUGAACAGUUCCUAAUUUCUGCAGUAGAUAUCAGGUGCUGUGUUAAAUUUUAUUCAGUAGCUGAAGAAAUAGAAGCACCCAAUUUAAGAGAAUACUGCUCUGAAUUCAUCUCUAUCCAUUGGGAUGAUCUAGAUUCUUCUGACUUUGAGCACAUGUCUGGUCCUCUAAUGUACAAGAUGUUAAAAGAUAAGACAAUUUUACCUCUUCAUUCUGCUGUCCGUCUUCAAAGGGAGGAUGUGGUUUUCUUGUGUUUAGUAGAUAAUUCUUCAAAUAUCAGUAAAAUAGUUAAUAGUCGAGAUCUGAACGACGAGCUGCCUUUAGAAUUAGCAUUGAGGUCUCGAAACGAGAGUAUAGCAACUACCUUAGUACAACACAAUGCUGACGUCAAUAUACUCGACGGCAAUGGAGAAACUUUGCUACACAAGGCGAUCAAAAAGGAGGAUUUCUUCUCGGCGCAAUUUCUGUUAGAACAGGCUAAUUGUGAUGCUACUUUGUUAACCAGAAAUGGCAAUGAUUCAGCUCUGCACCUUAUCGCUGGGACUGCUGACGUCGAAAACUCCGUAAACAUAGCCCAAAGACUUAUAAAUAAAAAUAUCAAUAUAAAUUCCCAAAAUUCACAUGGCUUUACUUCCCUUCACAUUGCAAUCCAAGCAGACAACAAACCAAUAUUUCAUAUUUUGCUUCAGCAAGGUAAGAUCAACGUCAACAUAGAAACUAAUAAAGGUGACACUCCACUCUAUUACGCCUUACUGAAGUACGAAUCAGGCGAUGACGAAGAUGAUUCAUACGCCAAGCAGUUACUAAAACAUGGUGCUCAGACCAAUCCAAUAUAUUCUGGUAGUAAUGCGAGUUUGCUGCAAAUACUUAUAUUAGAAAAAGCACAAAAGGCUGCUGUAUUUUUGGCCGAAAAAGUUAGCGAGCAUAUAAAUCAUGUCAAUUCAAAAGGUGAAACUGCUUUACAUUUAGCUUGUUCCGCAAAUUUCGAUGGUUUAGUAUGCAGUUUAACUAAACUUGGUGCGAAUCCUAAUUUAUUGACAAACGAAGAAAGACAAUCUCCUCUCCACUAUGCCGUCAAAAACAAUGCAGAAAGAAGUAUAGUUGCAUUAAACGAUUAUAAUAUCGAGUUAGAAAAAUCAAAAAAUCCACCAGACGCUCAAAUAAUUUGUAAUUUCAAUCAGAGAGAUAUUGAAGGCGAAACACCAAUCAGCUUGGCCUUAAAUGAAGGUUUUUCCCAUCUAAUACCAACGUUGAUUAAGGGUAAAGCUGACAUUAAUAUAAGAAACGGGAAAGAUUUUACGCUUUUACAUCAAGCAAUAAUUAAACAAAAUUCCUCGAUGGCCUUAUUUUUAUUAAACCAUGGAGCAGACAUCAAUGCCGUUACAACGGACUACGAAACACCUCUUCAAUUAGCGAUACAUUGCCGGCUAAGAGAAGUAGUUGAUGCGUUAUGUACAAGAGGCGUCGAUAUGUCAUCACCCGAUAGACUCGGAAGUUGCGCUUUGUGGACUGCUCUGGACUCUGGACAAGAAGAUAUUGCAAGCAUCCUUGUUAAACACGGAGCUGAUACAGAUUGUUGGGGAUCUGGACCAGAGGGAUGUCGGCAAACUCUUCUGCAUAGGGCAAUAGAUGAAAAUAAGGAGUCGGAAGCUAUCUUCCUCAUUCAUGCUGGUUGCGAUUUGAAUACACCUAGGAUACAAGGACCUAAUGGGGAAGGAGGGGAUGAAGCGAAAGAUAAGCGAUCUCCUUUGCAUUUGUGUUGCCAGUGGGGUUUAGAACCAGUAGUUAGGACUUUGGUAGAACACAGAGCUAACGUUAACAUCCGCGAUGCAGAAAAUAAGACACCUCUUCAUAUAGCUAUCGAAAAUCAACAAGAAGAAAUAAUAGCUCUAUUGUUGAGUGUUCCCGAAAUUGAUUUAAGUUUGAGAGAUAAAGCAGGUCUUAGUCCUUUCGCUACCGCUCUGACGUUUAGAAAUAACAAGGCUGCUCAGGCUAUUUUAGAUAAAUUUCCUAGUGCCGCGGAACAGUUCGACUCGAAGGGUCAAAACUUCCUUCAUAUAGCCUUAAAAAAGGGAGACAUUGAAAGUGCCCUAUUUUUACUAACAGUACAAGUAGACGUAAAUUCUAGAGUACAAGAUCCAAUGCUAACGCCACCGAUUCAUUUAGCUGCUAAACAUGGGAACGAAACAUUAGUUAGGAGUUUAAUUCUAGCUGGUGCUAGAGUAGACGAUAGGGAUGCUCAAAGACGUACCGCAUUACAUGCAGCCGCAGAGGCAGGUAAUCAUUCCGCUGUUUUGGCACUAAUACAAAAUAAUGCUGAUUGUGAUGCUACAGAUGUAGAAAACGACAAUGCAUUUCACAUAGCUAUGAGAGAAGGACAUCUAAAUGUUGUUAAAGUACUAUUGACAGAAUCUUAUAUAGAUGUCGAGGCAGUAAAUUUGAAGGGUAGGAAUCCUCUUCAUGAAUUGAGUAAAUAUGGAAAAGAUAAUGCAGCCACCAUUUGCGCACUUUUGUUAGAAUGUAUUCCUACGUAUCCAAUAAAUAAUCCAGACAUUUUGGGUAAUUCACCUCUCCUUCUGGCAUAUAUAAAUGGAAACGGAAGUCUUUGCAGAGUUUUAGUGAAGGCGAAUGCUUGUUUGUCUUCCGAAAAUUCAGAAAGGAUCACUAUAUUUAAUUACCAG